AUGUCGGAUCAAGCAGAAGCGCAAGGUCUGCCUGACCGUACACAGAACCCCGCUGAAGGCAAGGCUCCCGAGGGCGAAAUUUCCAAAAACGCCGCCAAAAAAGCUGCCAAGGCAGCGAAACUGGCGGCUGGAAAAGCCGAGAAAGCCAACAAGGGAAUUGGAAAAUCAGAAGCGAAAAUGCCUACCUCCAAAGCCCCAAAGAAGAAAAUCGAGGGUGCUGCCCUGAUCGGUAUCGAUGUCUCCAAGGAAGAGGACUUCCCCAGCUGGUACCAACAGGUGUUGACCAAGGGAGAAAUGCUGGACUAUUAUGAUGUUUCCGGUUGCUUUAUUUUGAAGCCUGCUUCCUACUUCGUAUGGGAAACCAUCCAGAACUGGUUUAACGACAAAAUCAAGAAGAUUGGUGUCAGGAAUUGUUCAUUCCCUUUGUUUGUUUCGGAAGACGUUUUGCAGAGAGAGAAGGACCACAUUGAGGGUUUUGCUGCUGAGGUUGCUUGGGUUACACACGCAGGAAAUACCCCCCUUGAGAAAAAAAUCGCCAUUCGUCCUACCUCCGAAACUGUCAUGUACCCCUACUAUUCGAAAUGGAUUCGAAGCCAUCGUGAUCUUCCCCUCAGGCUGAACCAGUGGAAUUCCGUGGUCCGCUGGGAGUUCAAGCAUCCACAGCCAUUCCUGCGAACCCGAGAGUUCCUGUGGCAAGAAGGUCAUACUGCGCAUUUGACGGAAGAGGGUGCAGCAGAGGAGGUCCUCCAGAUAUUAGACCACUAUGCCCAUGUUUACGAAGAUCUCCUUGCCGUUCCCGUCGUGCGAGGCAAGAAAACGGAGAAGGAAAAGUUUGCCGGUGGUUACUAUACUACCACGGUUGAAGGAUAUAUUCCUGCUACUGGACGUGGUAUCCAAGGUGGUACUUCUCACUGCCUGGGCCAAAACUUUAGUAAAAUGUUUAAUAUCACUGUGGAAGACCCAGCGGUCAGGGGCGACGAGAAGAAACCCCCGCUAUAUGUAUGGCAAAACUCCUGGGGUCUGUCCACUCGCACCAUUGGUGUCAUGGUCAUGAUCCACAGUGAUAACAAGGGCCUUGUCCUCCCUCCCCGCGUUGCCGAAGUCCAAGUCGCCAUUGUCCCCGUCGGCGUCACUAAGGCUACCACUGAGGAGGAGCGUCAAGCUCUAUACAAGGAAAUUGAUGAACUUACAGCCAAGCUCACCGCUGUUGGUGUUCGAACAGAAAGCGAUUUACGCGAAGGUUACUCCCCGGGCUGGAAAUUCAACGACUUGGAACUCCGCGGUGUUCCACUGCGCCUCGAGUUUGGCCCUGGCGAAUCCAAGGGCGGUUUUGUUACCGCAGCCCGUCGUGAUAUUCCCGGAAAAGAUGGCAAGAGCCAAAUCGAACUGAAGAAUCUCACCACUGCUAUCCCUGAACUCCUGGACACGAUUCACAACGAUCUCUUCCGUCGUGCUGAUGCGCAAUUCCGGGAACACCGAAAGCAGCUCACCCAGUGGGACGACUUUGUUCCGUUGUUGAAUGAAAAGAAUGUUCUUCUUAUCCCUCACUGUUUGACCGAGGAAUGCGAGGACCAGAUCAAGGAUCUUAGUGCCCGCAAAGCCGAGGAGAAUAGCGACGUACCCCAGGAUGCGCGCGCACCAAGCAUGGGUGCGAAAUCGCUGUGCAUUCCUUUUGACCAGCCCGAGGGUAUUGAGGCAGGUGUCACCAAGUGUCUAAACCCGCAUUGCGAGAGAUUCGCAGAGAAAUGGUGCAUGUUUGGACGUACGUCACAUCCUGUUCCUAUACGUAUUAAAAUUUAG